AUGCGAAACCCCUUCCGACGUCGGAACAAGAAGGACAAGGCCGGCAGUGGCGGCCAGAGCUCUGACUUUGUCGUUCCUUUUGAGUUCCGCCCUCAGGGUGCUGGAUGUCCACCUUUAUAUCCUCCAACUCGAAACUCAGCAUAUUUGCUUGCUCAUCUACCACCAAAAGUCCUUGAGCGCAUCUUCGCUUUCGUUUGCCCGCAUUCCCUUGACGAGAGUUAUGAAACUUGUGAAGGCAGUGCCAGUUCAAGCGACAGCGUCUGUAUGCUAUGCGACUUGCGCGAUGUUGCUCACUGUGUCCAAGUCUGUCGCGCAUGGCGUCCAAGCGCGGUCAAAGUCUUAUAUCACAGCGUUCGCAUCGAUCCAGUCCACUAUUGCCGUCUAGAAGAAUGGCUUGCCGAAAGACGAAAAAAGACCUCCCGAUUCGACCGCAAUGGCAUACCUGAGGAUCCAGCCCAGGCUCGCCUACGCCUUCUUCGGCGCACCGUUCGCGAUGACCCGACGCGAAUUGGAAAGUUUGUACAGUACCUAAAACUUCCGUACAUGUUGCGCGAGUCUUCCCAAGUCGAGCUUGCACAGACCAUCGCCGUUCUCCCAAACCUCAAAUAUGUCGAUCUACCAGAGGGCAUGUUUUGCGACGAUCCUCAUUAUUCGACCCUCCGACUCGAAGUACAAGCCCGAUGCCCGAACCUUCGAAAGAUGACCUACGUUGGCGGCUCAGAGCGUAGUUUGGCCAUGCUAGCUUCAGGGCAAGUGUGGCCGAACCUAGAAGUGCUAGAAUUGAACGACCUCAAUGUCGAUCCUACAGUAAUUAGAGCAGUUCUCGGCAGCCUCGGCAAUCUACAGGCGCUGAAGGUGUCGAAUACACCGGGCCUUUCAGAUGAGGUCCUAUCAUCAUCAGAUGGAAUGGCUACAUUGCCCCCUAUCAAAGAACUCGUACUUAAGGAUACGCCUGGUGUGACCUUGAGGGGUCUCAUUGCGUACCUGGCAUGGCAGGAAACUCAGGAAGCCUUGAAAGUCCUUACGCUCAAGGAUACCGGUGUUCAUCCAGCAAGCUUGCAGGAGAUCUUCACCAUGGCUUCAUCGCUCAAGACGUUUGCAAUCCAGUCCAAGGUUACAGAGCAGUUCCCGAGCUCAAUCGUUACUCGGCCAUUCACAUCACGGUCUCUGGAAACUUUGAGAUAUGAGAUUUCACCAGCGUCAACAGGUCCCUUUGAUAGCGUAACUAUGGGCUACUAUUCCCACCUCGCUUCAUCUAUCCUCGGCGGUGGCUUACCAAAGUUGAGGCAACUUUACGUUCAUGAUGAGAGUUUCCCCGACCAGCUUCAGGGGCUUCCACCCCCUAACGCUGCAUUCGCCGGAGGCCAUACACGCUCUGGUUCUAACUCGUCCGCAAAGUCGAACCCUGGGUUUGGCUUCUCGCCCUCCUCGAACUUAUUACCAGCCUCGGCAAACCUCCCCAUGCCUAGGAGGCCGGUAUCACAUGUCCAACCACCAAGCAAACGGUUCAGCUCGAACAAUCCUUUUGCACCUCGCAUGCCGACUUCCGCAGCUCCUACACACACACUCGAAGUCUUUACCAAGAGCGACGAGUUUGGCAAGUGGAACUUUGUGUCAGUUGAUCCGAUGUUUAAAUCUGCCUCGACGUCUCGACGACCGAUGAGCAGCUACGGGCUGGCGGCCGAUGUGACUGGGUCUGGUUGGGAUCGAGGGGAUGCUCGACGUAGUGUUAUGGUUGGCAACGGGACUGGUGUGUUUUUAGCUGUGCCUGGCCAAGGGGGCGAUGGUGAUGCAUUUAGCGGGAGCUCUGAUCCAUGGCGACCUCAAAGCAGCGGAGGUUCGCCUCGGCGCAGUCGAGAACUAUGGUGA